AUGGCUCUACCGGCGAGUGCGCCUUCCUCUCCUUUGACGCCUGCGACGUCGGCAUUACCCCUUUCAUUUGACUUUUCAGCGGAUUUGGGAUACCCGGUGACUAUCAGGACAACUGCAGGGGAGACUUUUCGAGGAGAAUUGUACUGCUACGACAAUGGGCCAACAGGUCUUGUGACGCUAAAAGAAGAUACGGAAGCAGGAAAGGCAAAUUUCCACAUUGUUCGCCGGGGCGUUGUUGCGGACGUUGUGUCGGAAAGGCGUAAUGGAGGGGCAAGCCGGCAGAAUCUGUCGAAGCCUCCCAUCGUCGACAGAGGCAUCAUUGACCACGUCGAAAAAGCCGGCAUUGCUGAAUUCGAGAAGCGAAAAUAUACCAUUGGCGUCGGAGUAACGGCUGAAGCACAAGACCUCUUCAACUUCAUUUGGAAGACACAUCCAGAUUGCGUUUGGCGGGGCCAAGAUAUCGUUAUACAAAGCCUGGAGGUGUCCAUUCGCCCACCUUACGAACCUUCUAGCGUGUCCGGUCGUGACACUCGAGCGAAGGAGAGAAUCACUAGCGUUGUUAUGAAAUUUCGACAGAGAAGAGAACGUGAGGCAGCACGACAGUCACAGGAUGCCAUGCCGUUUUCAGGCGUUUCCUCAAACACGCACCAAGCGAACGGAGGGUCCGAGAGCCCUGUUAUCCCCCGUGAAACAUCCGGGCCAACCGAUGGACCGUCCUUUACUGACGGCACUUCUAAUCAUUCGCGGUGA